CACCGACCACAGAAACUUGACCCACUUCAGCCUCUUUUGGCCGAGAACUAAUUUUGCGCCGAGCAGCCUUCAUACGAUGAAACUGGAGUCACGUACGCUCAUUUCCUUCGUAUCAUAUCGACGGUAGAGUCUUUCCGCCCUUUUGAGAACAUAAAUAAGGAUCAAUCAGUACAUCAGUGUUCUGCCAUUAUUUUGUCAGAGACAAGUUCCACAUCUGUAGAUAUUGUCUUGGACUCCGACCACGAAAGCAAACCCUGGUCUUGUAUAUUAGGGCUGAAUCUAGCGACUUUGCCCUCAGUCGAGCCUCUAUCAAGUCCUUGGACUGAGCAAAACGCUUCUUCGUUAUGCCUCGCGAUCCCCUCAUCGGCCUCGUGGGAAAGCCCUCGGCUGGUAAGAGCUCUACGCUCAACAGCUUGACUGAUGCUUCGUCUAAAGUUGGCAAUUUCCCGUUCACCACAAUUGAUCCCCAGCGAGCAAUCGGCUAUCUUCAGAUCGAGUGUGCUUGUGCCCGGUAUAACGUAUCAGACAGAUGCAAACCCAAUUAUGGAGCUUGCGUUGAGGGCCGUCGUUCUGUACCUAUUGAGCUUCUUGACGUCGCUGGUCUCGUCCCCGGUGCUCACGAGGGCCGGGGCUUGGGGAACAAGUUUCUCGAUGACUUACGACAUGCUGAUGCUCUAAUUCAUGUUGUCGAUGCUUCGGGUACUGUCGAUGCUGAAGGAAAGGAGACAAGAGGGUAUGAUCCUUCCGUGGACAUUGCUUGGCUACGAAGCGAAAUCGUUGCUUGGGUUCUCGGCAAUCUCAUGCAACGAUGGGGAUCUAUUCGACGAAGGCACCAGGCUAUUAAGGCAACUGCUACAGAAACACUGCAAGCACAGUUCUCCGGUUACGGUGCAACAUCGACUAUUGUGAACCGUGCUCUUGAUCGCUGCGGCAUCAAGGAGCCCCUGGAGGAUUGGUCCAAUGAGACCGUAGAGCUGGUCGUCAAUGCCUUCAUUGAUGAGAAGUUUCCUACGGUCAUCGCACUAAACAAAAUCGAUCACCCAGACGCUGAUAAAAACAUCUCCAAAAUCGCCAAGCAGCAAGACCCUAAUACCAUCGUGUUAUGUUCAGCCAUCUCAGAAAUUUUCUUGCGAAAGAUGGCUAAACAGGGCUACAUCAAGUAUGUCGAAGGCAGCGAAUUUAUUGACACCAAGGAGGAUCUUAUAGAGCAAGGCGACCCGACUGGCGGUGGCCUCAAAGAUCUCGAUGAGAAAAAUCGUAAUCGAAUCGAGAAUCUCAAGGACAUGGUACUUUACCGCUUUGGAUCUACCGGUGUCGUUCAAGUCCUUUCGAAGGCCGCUGAGCUCCUUGGUCUCGUGCCCGUUUUCCCCGUCCGGAAUACUUCCACCUUCAGUUCUGGUGCAUCAGACUCCAAGUUUGUUUUCCGCGAUUGUGUUCUUGUCAAGAAAGGUAGCACGGUUGGUGAUGUGGCGCGCAAAGUGAUGGGAGAUGCACCUAUCGCCUUUGUCGAAGGGGCUGGAAAUAUUCGAGUAUCUGAAGACGAUUUUGUCGCUGUGGGCAAGAAUGAUGUUUUGUCGUUCAAGGUUGGCAGAGCUUGAACUACAAAUAUCGCUGGUUGAGAUAUUCUAGCUAUCAUUGCUGUCUUCAGAAUGCAUAUUUGUAGGGCAGGCGUUGGGAUUGUUGUUCUUAGAUCGGGGUAUGAAACGUCCGCACAGAAGUCCUUGGGCUGAUAUCGAAAGAGGAAACGAUAUGCUCGAUAUAACGCAUUCGGAAGAGAAAUUGAUUGAUAUCAUGUCACAUAAUUUGUCUCAUGUUAUCUUGUGUGCAAUACUGGGGUCUUGAGGGGCCGACAGCCAUGAAUCGCAAGCCUGCGAUGCGAGGUGAUUCACCUCCACCUGAAACCCGCGAGUGUAUCUCAUAUGGCAAAGACAAAGUUAUAUUCUGAAUACAAUGCCUUAAUGGGGGCGAGUGGGACUAAUCAUCUAUCUUCAGCGGCCAUUCCCUUGGCCUGUCACCCCAAAUAAGCUCUACUCCGUGCAUACCCGUCACUUUACGAAGCUUGUCUCCCCAUUCCCCAUGAAUUGUUCUCUGGUAAAUCCGUUGUAUGUGGGUAACCUUGAGUAUCGCUUCGAUCAUAAUGCACAACUCGCGAGCCUCAUAAUGGGACGAGUUGAUUUCAAGAAUCUCAAGGUUAGGGAAGCUGGCUAAAAAACUCGGCAAAUACAUCUCGUCGAUGGUCUUGGGGUAUGAGCGGAAUCUGAAUUCUGAAAGUCCGAUAGACCUGAUAGCCGGCUCUCCGCGCAGCCAGGCAUGAUCUUGAAUGUGUUUGGUACUGCCAGAUCCUUCGAGAACGCCUUGAGGAUCGAGGGGAAAGGCAAGAUCGAGAGUGUGGAGCUUAUGCGAAGUGAGGGUAUCACGAAGCACUUUUUGGAGUUUUAAUGGCGGUACCAUUGCUCGCCGGAGACGUAAUGAGCGGAGAUCUGAAUACUGACAGUUCUUAUCAUACCCAUCGGUGGCCAACAUCUCGGGCUCUCGAUUCAGUAUCUCGGACAACAUGAUCAAGCCAAGGGGCCCGUCAUCAUCAGGUCUCCAUCGAAAAUCAAAAUCAAUGUAUUGCAGCGUGCGGCCUCCACGUAGCGAAGUUAGUUGCUGGAUUGUUUGCGCAGUGUUCUGGUCAGAAUCGUUGGGUCCAUGUACUGUAACUGCUUUGAGUUCUGGCCAAAAUUCAUCCAGUUUAGCAUCUGCAGGAAGUUCCCCAGAAAGUUGAACGUCUUUCAGAUAUAGUUGCUGCAUGCGUGGCGUCUUUGACGCCAGAUGCCACUACACUCAGUCAGUUAGGCGCUCAAUUUUUCAGAGAAUAGAAUCACUCAC